AUGCAGUCAGCGGCAUUGCGAUCGCCUGUGCCCUCGCGAAACCUCUUGCGAUUCUUGCGCUCGCAAACCGACAUCCCCUUGGAAUCGCUUCGAGUUGGCAGAGUAUUCAGAAGGGCUUGCGCGCGGACUUUGAAGAGGAGAUCGUUUUGCACCUCGGCGAUUGUGUACCAGAAAGCGUCUGCUGCGAACGGCGAUCCGACUCCCUCUUGGCAAGAGAGACUAUGGGGUAUUGGGGCUCGAGGAGCUGCAAAAGCCCUUAAACCAGAUGAUUUGCCUUCUCGCGAAGAUAUGGAGCACGGCUCGUCCAUGUUCAACAACCGCCGAAUCCUGUCCGCCAAGGCAGCGCUGGAGCCACGACUACGUUGUACAGAGGUCGAUGAGAAUGGCAAGGUGAUUCUGAUGGAUGGCGAGUUCAAGAAAUCGGAGCUCAUCGCAAAGUACGGUUUACUGCCUCGCGAUCUUCGCAAAAUCGACUCAUCAAAUCUUCCGCACAUCCUCGUUCGACCUUCGGCUAUUCUACUUAAUCUACUACAUCUCAGAGUCCUGAUCAAGCGUGACCGCGUGCUUCUAUUUGACGUCUACGGCUCUAAGACGUCUUAUCCGCAGUCUGCUUUCAUGUAUGACCUCCAGGGCAAACUGCAACAGAAGCCCCCUCCUGGUGUGCCGGGACUGCCCUACGAGUUUCGAGCUCUCGAAGCCGUGUUGACUUCGGUCACGUCGGAACUGGAAGCAGAUUUUGAGUCGGUACGAGAGCCGGUCAUGCACGUCCUCAGCGAGCUUGAGGAUGACAUUGACCGGCAGAAGCUGCGCCAGCUUUUGAUCUUGUCGAAGCGAGUUAGCACAUUUGAGCAAAAGGCUAAGCUGGUGCGGGACGCCAUUGAAGAGCUGCUGGAAGCUGAUGAUGAUCUGGCAGCCAUGUACCUGACGGAAAAGGUGCACGACUUGUAUAGAAGCACUGAUGAUCACACGGAAGUUGAGAUGCUGCUCGAGUCGUAUCACAAGCUUGCGGAUGAAAUUGUGCAGGAGGCUAGCAACUUGGUGUCUGGUAUCCGGAAUACAGAGGACCUCGUACGAGCCAUUCUCGACGCUAAUCGCAACGCCCUCAUGCUUCUGGAACUCAAGUUCAGCAUCGGGACGCUGGGACUAGCAAUGGGCACCUUUAUUGCUGGUCUUUACGGUGCCAAUUUGGAAAACUUUAUCGAAGAGACGAACUGGGGCUUCGGCGCCGUCACGGCUACAUCGGUCGUCUUCUCUCUGGUUGUCUGCUGGUAUGGACUGGUCAGGCUGCGCAGGAUCCAGCGCAUCAAGAUGGCGGGUGAUGAGCGGCCUCGGCUAUCUCGCGGACACCCAUACUACGACGACGGCGCUGCCCUCGGCAUUCUGGAUUCGAGGAACAGGGAGCUGCUGCUACGAGCACACAUGCAAAGGGCACUCAACAACAAGAAGAGGUGGUGGUUCUCACGAUGA